CCAAACGUGUCAGUGACUCCGAUCGAACUGCACCGAGUUAAGACAAACUCACUUGUUGUAUCCUAAACGGAAGAUGCUUCAGAAUAUACCGUUUUGAACCCAAUCCUCGACUUGAAAGCCCCGUACGGAUUAAGUCUCCCCCACCUCCAUUUCCUUUAUAAACCUCUUCUCCUCCGUUUUCUCCCCUGCAAGCAAUUUAAAAUCUCUUUUUUGAUAAAGAUUCCCUCUCAAAACAAACACAUCUCCAACUGGAUAAAACCUUUGUAAAAGUCAAACAAUCAUGAGUUCUUCUUCUUCAUCUUGUACCCUCUCUGAAUCAGAUCAAGAACAUGUCUUUGAGAAGCUCGAGGUCUUCAAGGUUAAAGGCAGAGACAAACGCGGCCGUAAGGUUCUUCUCAUCAUCGGCAAGCACUUUCCUGCUCGGAUGGUUAGCAAUGAGGUUCUGAAGAAGUACUUGGAGGAGAAGAUUUACCCCAAAUUAGGGUCAAAGCCGUUCUCGGUGGUGUAUGUGCACACCGAUGUUCAAAGGAGUGAAAAUUUCCCUGGAAUCUCAGCCCUUCGAUCAAUCUAUGAUGCUAUUCCGAUCAACGUCAAGGACAAUCUCGAGGCUGUUUAUUUCUUGCAUCCUGGUUUACAGGCCAGACUGUUCCUUGCCACCUUCGGCCGUCUGCUUUUCAAUGGAGGGUUGUACUCGAAGCUUAUAUACGUGAGCAGGCUGGAGUUUCUGUGGGACCAUGUGAGGAGGAUGGAGAUGGAAAUACCAGAAUUCGUGCAUGAUCAUGAUGAGGAGCUGGAGUACCGUCCUAUGAUGGACUAUGGAUUAGAGAGCGACCACCCAAGAUUUUACACUGCGCCGUUAGUGGAUCCCAUUCAGAUGUACUCUAUGAGGUGCAUAGCUUAAGCUUAGUGGCUGUGGAAUGUGGAUAGUGGAAGUGGAACUGUAGUAGAUUGUAGAUUGUAGGUGAGUUAUGAGGGCAAAGGUCGCUUGCUUUUGAUAAAGGAGCGUUUAGUAGUUUUGUUCAUAUUGUACAAAGGGAAAGUUUGAAAUGGAACCUUUCGGACUUAUUGGGUGAACCACAAUCUAUUAUUGAUUGGGCCACUGAGUGUAAGCUUAAAUUAAAGCCUAUAACAUAUUAACCCCAGCUCAAGAGCCCAAAAAAUUGGUCAACGGGCUUUGGCUGAGGUCUAACACUUUACCCCACCACGAGCUGUUGUUUGCAAGUAAACUGAAGGAGGAAUUUUAUUUUGCUAGAGAAAGAUAAAGUGAGAAAAAGGAGCCCAACAUGGCCAAAGGUAUAAGAAUCAAGGAGUUAAAGCGGAAAAAGAUGGAAGAGAAGAGUGGUUUGGAUUGCACCAGUUGACCGUUAAUCUA